AUGGCAAAGCAUGGUGUUGCUUCCAUUUUAACACUGGCACUGGUCCUUGGAGUACUUGCGGUCACUCCUAAAGGUGGAAUUGAUUUUUACGUGCGGAGCUUCUACCCGUCUGGAAGUUGUCUAGGAAAAUCUUUCAUACAUAUAACCGGCUCAAACAUCGCCCUCACCAUGGGCGUCGCCAACGAGAACCUCUCCGCGUUCGCCUCCGACCCCUCCGCCGUGGCCAAUUGGGUCAAGCAGAACGUCCAGGUCUACCCGGGCGUCAACUUCCGCUACAUCGCCGUCGGCAACGAGGUUGAGAGCGGCAACACGCAGAACGUCCUCCCGGCCAUGCAGAACAUGAACAGCGCGCUCUCCGCUGCCGGCCUCAGCAACAUCAAGGUGUCCGUGUCGGUGUCCCAGAAGGGCGUGCUCGCCGGGUACCCGCCGUCCAAUGGCAUGUUCUCCCCCGAAGCGACCUCGUACAUGACGCCCAUCGCGAAGUACCUGGCGAGCACCGGCGCGCCGCUGAUGGCCAACGUCUACCCCUACUUCGCCUACGUGGGCAACCUGCGGGCCCAGAUCGACGACAUCAACUACGCGCUCUUCACGUCGCCGGGCACGGUGGUGCCGGACGGCAGCAAGGCUUACCAGAACCAGUUCGACGCCAUCGUCGACACGUUCUACUCCGCGCUGGAGAGCGCCGGCGCCGGGAGCGUCCCGAUCGUGGUGUCGGAGAGCGGGUGGCCGUCGGCCGGCGGCACGGCGGCGAGCGCCAGCAACGCGCAGACGUACAACCAGAACCUGAUCAAACACGUCGGGCAGGGGACGCCCAAGAGGGCCGGGAGAAUCGAGAUCUACAUUUUCGCAAUGUUCAACGAGUACGACAAGAAAGGCGCCGACACCGAGAAGCACUUCGGCCUCUUCAACCCGGAUCAGUCGCCGGCCUACACCAUUAAUUUCUAAAGAGAACAGCACUUA